UAUAAGCAAAAUGUCGACCAAAUACUUCAGACUCGCGGUCGUAGUUGGAGUAAUAAUUUCACUAUCAAAAGUAGACGAUAUUAUGUCCGACGGCACCACGGGUGGCCCCGAAUCCUCAGAAAAUCCAAAUCCACCUACGACACCGAAGCCGACACAAACCACCAUUGCAACAAAACCUCCAAACAAGGACAUUGAAAAGAUCGGCAAGAUGUCUGUUUACAUUGAAAGAAAAAUAAAAAGAAACUGGUUCGACGCCUAUCAAACUUGUCGCGUAAAAGGAGCGUAUCUAAUACAUUUCAAUACCCACAAGGAAUGGCGUGACCUGGAUUUGUAUCUGUGGGAUCACGAUAUUGAUGAUUUCUAUUGGACAUCCGGCACUGAUUUGGCAUUCUUGAAAAAGAAACACUACUGGAUUUCAACUGGCAAACCCAUAACCAUGAAUAUAUGGUUUAGUGGAGAACCAAAUAAUAACCAAAAUGGAGAAGAACAUUGCGAUGAAAUUGGUUACCGAAGAACUGUGUCAGGUAGUCACAGAUUAAAUGAUGAUGUUUGUAAUAACGCAAAGUUUUUUAUAUGUCGAUAUGAUGAUGGCGUAGUUGCCACAAGAACACGAGCUCGAACUGGAUUGGGAAAGUCUUAUCCCAAAGGAAAUUAUAAUACCACUUCCAGUUUAAGAAAAGAUUCAAAAGUUUUUAAAACACCUAAAAAAUAAAAUAAAAACAAUUUGUAUAUACAAUA